GUGAAGUCGGAGGCGGGGCCUGGAGGCGCCGUUGCCUCUGCGUUAAGGUGAAGGGUUCAGCUGGGUGAAAAGGACAGAGAAAUAACUAAGCACAUGGACUGGAAAUUGGAAAGGAGGGUUCAGAAAACAGAGUCACAUGUGCUACAGGAGGAAGGGGUCACCCCAGAGGACACGGGUGAAGAUGGCAUCUCUGAAAGCUUCCAGCUUCUACAGAUGGAUGUGGACUAUGAGCAUCGAGAGGAGGAGACCCUGCCCACAGGCAGUGCAGUUUGGUGCUCGAAAAAUGUCCAAAGAAAACAGAGACACUGGGAAAAGAUAGUUGCAGCAAAGAAGAGUAAAAGAAAACAAGAGAAAGAAAGAAGAAAAGCCAACCGUGUAGAAAAUUCAGGCAUCUGCCCUCAGCACAGCAAACGUUUUCUGAGAUCCUUAACCAAGGAAAAACUUUUGGGAGCCAAACAUUCAGGACCAAGACUCUGUAUUGACUUGAGUAUGACCCACCACAUGUCUAAGAAGGAAUUAAGUAGACUGGCUGCACAGAUCCGAAGGUUGUAUGGUUCAAAUAAAAAAGCUGACAGGCCAUUUUGGAUCACCCUCACUGGAUUCACCACAGAUAGUCCCCUAUAUGAAGAGUGUUUGAGGAUGAAUGAUGGAUUUUCUAGUUAUCUGCUAGACAUAACAGAAGAAGACUGCUUUAGUUUAUUUCCCCUGGAAACCCUCGUGUACCUGACUCCUGAUUCAGAACAUGCUCUUGAAGAUGUUGAUCUAAACACAGUUUACGUCCUUGGUGGACUUGUGGAUGAAAGCAUUCAGAAGAAGGUGACAUUUCAAAAGGCCCAAGAGCACUCUGUCAAGACUGCCCGCUUGCCAAUCCAGGAAUACAUGGUCAGACGCCAGAAUGGGAAAAACUAUCAUUCAGAGAUACUGGCCAUCAAUCAAGUAUUCGAUAUCCUGUCCACUUACUUUGAGACUCAAAACUGGGCUGAAGCAUUGAAGAAAGGAGUUUCUUCCAGAAAAGGCUAUGUUCUUCAGAGCUCAGCGGAAUGAGGGACAGUCUAAGAUUGUGGCUGCAGGAGGUGAAGUUGCUCUGGUUGCCUUGACCAAAGAGCAGAGCCAAGGAUGGUGUUGGUAGCACCUAUUGCCUUGACUUGACAUCUUGGCUCUUCCCUGGGAAAGGAGUUACACACUUUACGUAAAGUGUGGAAAGGGACCACACUUUACGCUGUUUUUAUCUCCCAUAGUGCCUGGCUCACAGGAAGUGCCCAGAUAUAUGUUGACUGACCAAAAAGUUUACAUACCAAUGAAUUAGCCCUAAAAUUACAUGGCUUUGGAUGUGCUGAUCCAUCUUUUAUAUGUCUAUUUGUGAAAUACCUGUUCUUUAUAAAUAGCUUCAAUAAUCAAGUAA